GGAUGAGAGAAGACGUAAAAGUCGAGACAGGGUUGAUGCACGGCUGUGUAAGCAUUCUCGCUUUCACUCUUUCAGAUCUUCAGGGCUAAUAAAUCAUUAUCAUUUAGCAAUUGCCAAACAUAUUUGCCACCUUCCAAGCACUGUUCGUGAUGCUGAUUUUAUCUUCGACUACCAAGCAGCUAUGAAUCAUGCAUCAACUCCAGCAGACCUCUGUACUAGUUUCAAAUCUCUUGACCUUUUUUCUCUGCAAAUGCGAGAAUUUUCCUAUCGACUCGCGAGCUUUGAGCUGACUGCGGGACAAAUUUCUGCUGAGCUCUUCUGGCCGCAGAAUAGAGGGGAAGGGUGCUCGCAUAUUUCAUGGCCCGCGCUCAAGAGCUUCAAAUUGACAACUCAGGGAGACACUGCAGAUGGCCAAUGGAUGAUUGAACGCGACAUGAACCGGUCAAGAAGAAAGUCCUUUGCUGAGAGAGAUGAGUCGACAGACGAAGAGGGCGGGCCAGGACGUGUGUUUGGCUGGCAUGAUGCCCGAAGUUAUCGGCAAAAACCUCGACAGGAUUGGUUCGACAAUUUCAAUCUAGCAGUUGCACAUGCAGCGCAGUGUAUGCCUCUACUUGAGACCAUGGUGAUUCGGGUCGACCAAAAGUACUGCGAUGACUCCGAAAAGAGGUAUGGUGCACAUACAUUCACCUUUAAAAGUGGAGGAGCUGGUGAAGCAAAGACAGAUACUGGAAAUCCUCGUGUCGAAUGGGCUGGAGGAUCAAAGUAUGAGCCUGCUGAAGACAUCCAAAACCUUUGGCAAGCCAAAAUUGGAAGUGGGCUUGAGAUUGAUAUUGUGGCAUAUUUUCAUGGUCCAAGAAAAUUGAAACCCGGGGAUCUCAAUGGUUGGGUCAGGUUUAGAAAUGGCCAAAAGAUAGAAUAUGAUGAUAGCAUUGACACUUGAAAUUUAUGCUCAUUAAUAUAAUGAAUGAUGGGCCCAACGGUUUCCCAAUAGUAUAAUUGUUAAUGACAUACAUAAGGGGUUUUAUGCUUCAACAAGUUGUACAAGAAAAAU